UGAUGUGCCAGAAGUUCCCUGGAUAUACAUAUGUAUAUAUAAAAAAAAAACAUGCGUAAUUGCACACACGAAGUUAUUCCAGAAAAAAAGCUAGGAGCAUUUGAAGAAACAUUUCCGUGUAUUUUUGGUCUUUUGGACACUUAACCCACCUGACAGCGUAUGGGCCUCUUUGAAAAGCAGACAAGACAGGAGCAGCUUCACUGCGGACAUGCUGAACUCUUAGAAGAAAGCAAACAUCCGACAAAAGUGAAGUCUAGGCUUGAGAGGAGGGUACAAUGAGUCCAGUAUGGUCGGGGGUUACACUCAGUCUCCAGGAGGUUUUGCAUCACCGGCUUUAUCCCAGGGAGGAGAGAAGAAAGGGAGAACCCGUGCGACACAAAUAAUCCCCUGCACAGUGUCUCAGCUCAUGUCUGCUUCCCAGGCUGAUGAGACCUUCAAAGUAGGAGAUGUGGAAGUUGCCCAGGUUACCAUUGUGGGUGUCAUCAGGAGCACAGACAAAUCCAUGACCAAUAUCCAGUACAAGGUCGAUGACAUGACAGGUGCUCCCAUGGACGUGAAGCAGUGGGUAGACACAGAGGACCCCAGUGUUGACAGCACUGUCCUGCCCCCAGGCACGUAUGUCAAAGUUUCCGGCAAUCUGCGAUCCUUUCAGAACCACAGGUCUGUCGUGGCGUUCAGUGUCAGACCCCUGGAGGAUAUGAACGAAAUCACCUCACAUAUGCUGGAGGUGGUCCAAGCGCACAUGGUGCUCAGCAAACCUCAGAGCAUGAUGGGGACUGAAGGGGGAAUGAGCAGUAACGCCACACCCAUGUCUCGGCCAGGCAUGGGGAGCAUGGGGGGGGUGACAGGGGGCUAUGCAGGUGCUAACGACAUGGCUAACAAUGGGUUAAGUGGAAACCAGAAUCAGGUGCUGAGUUUGAUAAGAAGCUGUCCUGACGCACAGGGCAUCAGCAUUCAGGACCUGAAGCAGAGACUCAGUGGCAUGAGUCUGGCUGUUAUCAAGCAAGCAGUGGAAUUUCUAAGCAACGAAGGUCACAUCUUUUCCACCAUUGACGAAGAUCACUUCAAAUCAACAGACAACGACGAUUAGACACUUGACCUUCCCAGCACCAGUGGGGAUACUUAUUUGACCUUUCUGAACUCUGAUCACUCCUCUGUUUAGUUCAAAAGCACAUCGUUUAUAUUCGAUGACUGUAGAUUUACACAUCCUGUAAUCCCGGGUUUGCUUCUGCUUUUUUCCUAGUCCUAAAAGUGUUGCUACUAAAGCUGUUAGCAGGUAAUACUACUGUCCACUGUAAAUCAUUUUGUAAUUUUAAAUAUUGAAAGCAAAAGUACUGGAUUUAUUUUUGUCUAUGUAACUUACUUUUGACAAAAUUAAAAAAUAAUUCAAAAUA